AUGAAUGUAAGCAAAUCCGACAUCUUGCAGUUUCAUCAGAACACUUUAAUAGGCAAGCGCAAACCAACCAAGGAGAGUUCUCUUCCAAUAGAGAAGAGUAAGAAGCUCAAACUUGACGAAUUUGAGACUGAGAAAGAUCAUGCUUGGUCUUCGGAAUAUAAAUCUUCCAAGGAUGGUAUAAAUGGUAAGGAGCAAAAGAAAGACAGAUUUGAGGUUAAGGAUGCAUCUGCUUCGAAAUCAUAA